AACAUACAAAAUCACAAAUAAAAUGUUAAAAAUAUGGGCGGUUACACCGUACGAUUUCUCUGCGGCUCUCGAGACUAGACUAGAUUCCCUGCUGCUGCUUCACUCCUCCAUUCCCGAUGAUUUCCCAGUCGGAAGAGUAGGUAUUCGAUUCUCUCUGCUCGCUUUCUGUUUAACGCGGAUGUAAAAAUUGUUAGGGAUUCCAAUUAUUUGAUCACCUGCAUUUAGAAUCCGAGAGGAUAAUCAGACGCUGCAUCUGACAAAUAUAGCUCGAAAUUGAUUCAGCGAGCAAUCAAAGCCGGUUAUUUAUUGACUUGAUUAUAUACAUCUUAGUAGGGUUUAGGGCUUUAGGGGGUGGGUGGGUGUUACGGUUAUGAUUAUGGAUGACCUGGAAAAAGCGGUUAUUAUAAGCUUCGAUGAGUCCCCUGGGGUUGAUUCGGCGCUCAAAUUGCAGGCUGUUGCAUUUCUGCAGCAAGCUAAAGAGAAUCCGGGGAUAUGUAGUCUGUGCAUACAGAAGCUGUGGUUUUGUAACCUUGUUCAGGUUCAGUUUUGGUGUCUGCAGUGCCUCCAUGAUGUGGUCCGUGCGAAGUAUUUUUCAAUGCAGGAGGAGGAGAAGUCGUUGAUAAGGAAAUCUGUGUUUUUAAUGGGUGUUAAUGGUGGCAGUGAUGAUAACGUUGUGAGGUUAUUGGAUGGUCCUGCAUUUAUAAAGAAUAAGCUUGCGCAAGUUCUGGUAGCAUUGAUUUAUUUCGAGUAUCCAUCUGUUUGGCCAUCGCUAUUUGUUGAUUUCUUGCCGAAUUUGAGUAAAGGAGCUUCUGUCAUUGAUAUGUUUUGUCGGAUGUUGAAUGGUUUGGAUGAUGAGUUGAUUAGCUUGGAUAAUCCACGUAAUGAGGAUGAGAUAGCUGCUGCCGGGAGAAUCAAGGAUGCGAUGAGGGCGCAGUGUGUGCCACAGAUUGUUGGGGCGUGUUACGAGAUUAUUUUGCUGUAUAAGAAGUCGGAUCCUGAAUUGUGUUCGGCUGUUUUGGAUUCAAUGAGCAGAUAUAUUUCUUGGAUUGACAUUGGAUUGAUUGUUAACGAUGUGUUCACUCAAAUGUUGUUUGAAUUGAUGCUGGUUGAAGGAUUUCCCGAUCAGCUACGGGGUGCUUCUGUUGGUGUUGUUCUUGCGAUAGUAUCAAAGAGGAUGGAUCCGAAACCGAAGCUGGCUCUUUUGCAGGACCUUCAAAUUAUAAGAGUUUUUAGGCUGGUUGCAGGGGAUGGUGACUUGGAAUUCGUAUCCAGUGUGGCUGAUUUGCUCACUGGUUAUGCCACCGAAGUUUUGGAAUGUUCAAAGAGUUUGAGCACAGAGGAUGGUAAGUCGGUUGCAUUAGAACUCCUGAAUGAGGUUCUGCCUUCGAUAUUUUAUGUCAUUCAGAAUUGGAAGCUCGAUUCAGCUUUCAGCAUCAUUCAGUUUUUCUCAAUGUAUGUCGGAAUGAUGAAAGGUCUUUCCACAUUGACGGAGGCACAGUUGCUUCAUGUUGGCCAGAUGUUGGAAGUGAUCCGAUCUCAGAUUCGAAUUGAUCCCAUGUACCGUAAUAAUUUAGAUAUGCUGGACAAGGUUGGUAGAGAAGAGGAAGACAGAAUUGCAGAAUUUAGGAAGGAUUCAUUUGUGUUGCUCCGGAGUAUAGGCCGUGUAGCACCAGAUGUUACGCAGAUAUUUAUAAGAAACACGUUUUCUAGCGCUAUUUCUUCUUCUGAAGAUAGUCAUGUUGAAGAAGUUGAAGCUGCACUUUCCUUAUUUUACGAGCUUGGAGAAUCAUUGAGGGAUGAGGCCAUUAGAAGUGGUAAUGGUUUACUGCAGGAAUUGGUCCCGAUGCUUCUAUCCACAAAAUUUCCUUGUCACUCCCACAGGCUUGUAGCGCUUGUAUACUUAGAUACAAUAACCAGAUAUAUGAAGUUUGUAUUGGAGAAUACUCAAUACAUCCCCGUAGCGUUGUGUGCUUUUCUUGAUGAGAGAGGUAUACGUCAUCCAAAUACCCUUGUCAGUCGAAGAGCAGGUUACCUGUUCAUGAGAGUUGUGAAAUUGCUCAAAGCAAAGCUUGUCCCUUACAUAGAUACAAUCUUGCAGAGUCUGCAGGAUAUAAUUGCUCAAUCUACUAGAGUGCAUAGUGCCUCAAAGGAACUUUCAGGAACUGAAGAUGGCAGUCAUAUCUUUGAGGCAGUCGGGCUGUUAAUUGGGAUGGAAGAUGUUCCCCUUGAGAAGCAAUCGAACUAUCUUUCAGCACUGCUUAUACCUUUGUGCAAUCAGGUUGAGUCUACGCUCUUAAAUGGCAAGUCAUUGAAUCAUGAAGAGUCUCUCACACAGAUUGGAAAUAUCCAGCAGAUAGUAAUGGCCAUUAAUGCCCUCAGCAAGGGAUUCAGCCACAAACUUGCAACAUCUAGCCGCCCUGCAAUUGGUCUCAUGUUCAAACAGACAUUGGAUACACUGCUUAAAAUACUUGUUGUAUAUCCAAAGGUAGAACUUCUAAGGAGUAAGGUCACGUCUUUCAUUCACCGCAUGGUGGAGAUUUUAGGAGUAUCUGUUUUUCCAUAUCUGCCAAAGGCAUUGGAGCAAUUGCUAAGAGAAAGUGAGCCUAAGGAGUUGGUGGGAUUUAUGGUUCUCCUCAAUCAGCUCAUCUGCAAAUUUAGUAUUAAGGUAUCUCAUAUUUUGGAAGACGUAUACCCUGUACUUGCUAGUAGGGUAUUCAGUAUUCUACCAAAGGAUGAUAUUCCAGCCGGACCUGGCGGCUGUACUGAGGAAAUUCGUGAACUCCGAGAGCUUCAGAAAAUGUUCUUUACGUUUUUACAUGUGAUUGCGACACAUGAUCUUUCAUCAAUUUUCAUAUUGCCCAAAGCUUAUCCGUACUUGGAGAUGAUGAUAUCUCUGCUGUCGUACACUUGCUGUAAUCAUAAGGACAUUGUUGUCAGGAAGGCUUGUGUUCAGAUAAUUGUUCGGCUAAUCAAAGAUUGGUGCGGCGAUCCCUACAGAGAAGAGAAGGUUCCUGGUUUUCCCAGAUUCAUAAUCGAAGCAUUUGCACCAAAUUGCUGCCUUUACAGUGUGCUCGACAAGUCAUUUGAUUUUCGUGAUGCAAAUACUAUGGCAUUGUUUGGCGAGAUAGUAAUCGCUCAAAAGGUCAUGUAUGAGAAAUUCGGCAAUGUCUUCUUCCUCCACUUCGUCUCAAGAGGUCUCCGAAAAAUUCACUGCCCUCAAGACUUGGCUGAGCAGUAUUGCCAAAAGGUGCAGGACAACGACAACAUUAAAGGGAUGCGAUCAUUUUACCAGUCCCUCAUUGAAAAGCUAAGAGCUAUGCAGAAAAGCAGCAUCGGUUUGAGAUAGCAACGCGACACAUAUAUAUAGUAUUCGAUCUGCAUUGCCAUCAAGAGGUGUAAAUUAGCGGCCAUCGUUCGAUGAAUUAUUUACUAAAUGUGCCAUACAAGGUAGAACAGAUUUGUGUUUUUUUGGUUGAAUUUUGGUGGGAAGUUUUGGUUAUCUAUUUAGAUUUUAUUUAUUAUUAGUAUUAUUAUUAUUUUUUUUUAAGAAGUAUAUUUUGUUUUACCAGUUUUCAGUUUUUCAUUUCACUGGGUAUGUUUGUCUGGUGAGUUUUGGAUAUUUAAUUUUGUUUGCUUUGCUUUUGCUCAGAAUAUAUAAUAUGAUUGAAUAAGGUUUACAAUAUAAGAUUGCAGAAACAUGGAGU